GGUUGUUGCGGUUGUCAGUGUUGUCAUUUCCAAAACCGAUGUGCCAAACAUGUUCACCAUGCUCGAACUUAUCGACGACUUUACAUUUGAUCCCGAUUGUUGAUUUCCGCCACGAUGAGUAACGUUUGUAGAGAAGUCAUCACGCUCCAGUUGGGACACUAUUCCAACUUUGUUGGGACUCACUGGUGGAAUUUACAGGAUGCGUCUUUAUCGUACGACCCAGAGACGCCACCGAGCGAGAUCCAGAGCGACGUCCUGUUUCGUGAAGGACGGACAACGGGCGGACAUGUCACCCACACGCCUCGCCUCAUCGCACUGGAUCUCAAAGGAAGCCUCCGGACUCUACGGCAGGAGGGAAGUCUGUACGACGCCGGCAAGGACACCUCCGCUGUCACAUGGGAGGGAAGCCUCAUGAAAGUCAAAGAAAGUCCGGCUCAGAAGAACUCCUUUCUCGAAGAUCUGGACAGGCUGGAUAGAGGGGAGAUCCUCGCUGAAGAUGAUUUGUCCUCCAGUCUCCAGCCUCAGCGCUCGGGUGCACUGCGCUUGGACACCGUGAACAGCCAGCUGGCUCGAGUCCAAAAGGGCUACCGGUUGGAGGGCAGCGUGAAGGUGUGGUCCGACUUCCUCAGGAUCCACCUGCACCCCCGCACCGUCUCCGUCAUCCACCAGUACAACCAUGACGGGGAGGCUCACCGUCUGGAGGCCUUCGGCCAGGGGGAGGCUCUCCUGCAGGGGCAGGUGCUCGAGCAGCUGGAGGACAAGCUGCACUUCUUUGUAGAGGAGUGUGACUACCUUCAGGGUUUCCAGGUCUUCUGCGACCUGGCCGAUGGCUUCGCCGGCCUGGGGUCGAAGGUCACGGAGAUGCUGCGGGACUCGUACGGCGGACGAGGCAUCCUGACCUGGGGGAUGGCGCCCGUCAGCCACCCGAACUCGACCCCCAUGAAGGAGCUCUACCACGUGUUGAACGGCGCGCUGGGGGCGGUCCACAUGGCCGACCACAGCUCCUUCUUCUGCCCGUUGACACUGCGCGGUGGACUGGGGAGGCGGCCCUCAGCUCCCACAGCGUUCCCCCACCUAAAUUAUGAUGCCCAUCUGUGGUACCACUCCAGCGCUGUGCUGGCUCUGGCCCUCGAUGCCCUCACUUUGCCUUACAGGCUGAAGAAGGACAGCGUCCCCAUGUGGCAGGUGGCCGACUCCCUCGCUGUUUCUGGCAGAAAGGUGGUGGCCGCUUAUGGUGCCGUCCCCGUUCCCAUGAUGCACGGCGGCUCUCUCCCCGACGCCCUGAGCACCUGCGCGGACGCGUUGCCCUGGAAACCUCUAUCGGCUUGCCCCGAAGCCGCCGACGGCCGCUGCUACGGCCAAUGGGCGACACUCAGAGGCUUUGAGGGACAGAGGCUAGUCAGCUCUUUGGCUCCAGGGACUCAGCCAGACAGUCCUCUGCACGGGCUCCACAGCGGGGAGGACGUCCUGGAGUCCUACAUCCGAUCUUUCUAUCCGACGUCUCCUCUGGCUCUGCAGUUGGUGUCGACGCCCAGUAUGCUGACGCCACCGUUCCCUCAGAUAUUCAGUCAGUCCCUCGGCGCCCAGGGCUUCCUGCAGAGCCGGUCUCCUCCGCCUGGCUCCCGGGCCCCCGCGGUCUCCUCAGCACCCGUCAUGACGUCCUUCCAGUCGGGCCCCGCUGUCGGCUCGUGGCUGUCGGAGCUGCAUCGCGGUGCUAGUGCUCUGGACAUCCACCGCGUGGCCCCCAGCUUCCUCUCCCAGGGGCCCGAGAUGGCCGACUACAGGGAGGCCCUGGAGGAGCUGCGCCUGCUCGGCCGGUGUUACCGCGACGACAGCAGCGGGGUGACGCACACCUCCUCAGAAGAGGAAGACGACUGACGUCUCGUGGAUUGAGCUGGAAAGACUGCCGGCAUCAGCACGCAUGCACUGAAGGACACGCUGACAGAAAGAAGCUGGAAUAUUAAAAACUCUCUCAGCAGUGAUGGCUGUAGCCUCAUGUGACUCUGGACUGAUUAUCUGUAACCGUUUUAUUCGACGGAUGUGCUAUAAAAUGGCUGCGUUUACAUUGGGCCGCUUGCCUCGCCCGUUUUGGGCCACCAGUUGCUCCGACCAUGAAUUCAUAGCAGUGUUUGAGCGUAAAGACAAGUUUACCCCGGUAGAAGCAACUUUGGUUUCAGUGCGCUCCGAUUGUGGGGUCCAUUUGUUCCAACCCAUUUGGUUCUCUAUAUAAAGGCAGAUCAGAUGACUCGUUAACGGUUCCAAUACUCGUUGCCCGCUUUAUUUGGUGCUCUGGGAGCGACACAUCUGGCUCAGCGCGAGAGCUCAAGUUGUGGAUUCUGAUAAAGAUGUUUUCAUUGCUUGCAAAUACUUGUUUUAAUUCGAUUGUUUUUUCUAAUGUCAGCCCAUCAACUAUAUUAGAAAUGGCUUAAUAUCACUGCCUUAGAUCUAAACAAGACUAGCUCACCUCAUUACGGUGUUAUAUUAUGUAUAUAAAAUGGAAGAAAAUGGCCAACAGAAAAAGCUAAAUGCCAAUUUUAUAUUAAAUGACCCAGCAACCACAAAUGCUUUGUAUUUUUACUUGACAGUUGCAUAGUUGGAAGACAUUUUAGGUGUUUAGACAGCCAAAGACGAUUUUAUUAACAAAUACCAUAAAAAGGUCAAACAAUUGCUUUAAGUCCCCCUUUCUGCUCUUACUGAAGUACAUCUACCAAAGGUCAUUUUCUGAACGAGCUGGACACUUUAGUUUAGGUUGCUAAACUGAGUAAAUAGUCUUCUUUGGGACUCUUCUCAGCCACAGACCUCAGAAAUCUGUGUAGACAUUUGCUCCAACUAAAUAUAAAAAUACUAGAAUAUCACACCAAAGCUGGAAACAUAAUUGACCAAAACUCAAAUCCAAUGACAAAUGUAGAACAGGUGUCUUUUAAUCUGAAAUAAAAUGAUACAAGGAUUUCACAAAAAAGGUGAGACGGUGGAAUUCUUUCCCACCCGGCAUUUUGACUAAACAGUAUGCUUCUACAUUUGAUUAAAAAAGGCUAAGACACGCACCAUACCAUCAUUUAAACUUAUAAAACUGAGAUUUGCACCCUGUUAUCUUACAAACAACCCCAUACGAGACAG